AACAACUCUUCAUUUUGUAUAUAUUUGCGAACCAGUCAUAAGUCGAGACGGAGGAAAUAUUUUAUGAGCUUGAAAUUUGAUGACCUUUUUGAAAAAGGGGGUUAUUAAGAGAGGCUUCCAAAUAUCCGACUGCACAUCACGGCGUUGUAAUGCGCUUGUGUUGAGAGGAAACGCGUGUAUGAACGAUGCUCGCACACUUGCAAACUACGAGCCUUGCGGUAGGACGAGGAAAGUACGGUCACUUUAUCACCUCCCUUACCGAGAUCUUAUCGCAGUUGAAGUGAAAAAGACUAUCAUUUGAGAAAACUAUUGCCAACGGCAACUUAGAGCGACCGAAAGGAUUCUAUUGAAAAUAACAGGGAAAACAAGUGCAAUGGUUUGAAACCGGUUAAGUGAAACUGGCAAACAUUACGAAACGAUAACAAAGCGAGCGAUAGAAAUGGCGAGUGUCGUCUACACUUUACAUGCUACCACAAUUGUCGGCUGUAGCAUUUCCUUGUUUUUCUCCAUUCUUGCUCUCGUGGCCCUGGUUUGUUUCAGGCCGCGUACUGAAGCGCAUUCGGUAAAGAAGAACCUUACCGUCUCCCUGUGUUUGACACAACUUGUCCUACUCACGGGGAUAUUUGGCUAUGGGACCGAGGUCGGAUGUCGUGCGCUGUCCUGUCUCCUGCAUUUUGCGGGCUCAGCGUGUUUCGUGUGGUGCGCAAUAGAUGCCCUCAGCUUGUACUUCUUCCAUAUCAACAGCUUUCAUCCAGUCAGACACGUACACUUUUAUCUUAUCCUUGGAUGGGGUAUACCAACAAUGGUCUUAACUAUAACGAUACUCGUCGGGUUUCUUGGGAACAGGGGCAGACACUUUUUGACUGUGUAUACGUGUUGGACUUCUGAUCACGUGAUGUGGGCCUUCGUCGUUCCAUCUAUUACAUUAGCCACGGUUAAUAUAGGGAUCCUAUGCACGAUUCUGCGCAAGCUAAGACAACCUUCAUAUGACGUGUGUCCCAAGUCAGUCAUGGAAAAGCGCGGCACAAGGUACGGGCUCCGCACCAACUCCCUGAUGCUGCUCGGUUUGACUCUUGGUUGGGUCUUCGCAAUGCUCUCCUUCAAGGACGGCGAAAACGCGCGAUAUCAGCUGACCUUUGGGUUAGUGCAAGGCCUACAGGGCAUAUUCCUAUUCUUCUUCCAUUGCGUUCUUAAUAGUGACCAUGUAAAGAGUAGUGGGUACUCCAGCGCGGGAAAACAGAAAGAAGAGAAAACUAUUGACCAAGCACGGGGGAGAAAGAUAGAGCCACAGCAGACAAGCGCUCGGCGCAAGCCUGGAGGUCGCAAGCCGCUGAUUGAGAACGUCCCGUUGAUUUCGAUUGCAAGCAGCAGCAAAACGGACGAUGGGAGAAGCACAGAUUCCGCGGGGACCAAAGAUUCUCAGAUCACACCAACAGCGGAUCCUCUACAAGUCAACCUAACGACCCAUCCGGUAAAACCGAGAGAAGUCACGCCCGUCCGAACUUUGCCCGAGUAUGCUGGAAUGAUUCCACAACUCCCGGGGACGCCCGAAGAAAGUACGAGGCCUCCUGAAACUGCUCGGAGGGAGGAACGUACGAGCAUGCCCGUGGAUCUGGGAGAGCGCCAGUCCGCCAUGAACAUGACUAAGGCACACCGUCUAUCGACAAACGGGACGAUCUCCAAAUCAAGUACGGGAGAGCGAAACAACCGGCUGGAACCAACCGAUCGACACCAGUUCACAAGUAAUGAACAUCGAUCCAAGUCAAUAAGCGACCCAACAAUACCGGAUAGUGGCAAUGCCCAGGAAUCUCACAAACAAAAGCGCAAAUCAAGUGGUGAGACAUCUGAUCGGCUAAGAACGCAUUCUACAGACAGAAAGAGGACAAAUCAUGGCUCAUCACUAAACGAGCUGGAAAGUCUGUUUUCCAAUACGGAGUUCCCCAGAGCUCAACGCUCGUCAGUAUCCAGUCUCCGCGAGAGAAGAGCAUCACGUGAGACCGAGAAACGAUUGUCCAAAGGUUCAUCAAUCGAGUCACAUGAGCCCGACACACAGGGUGGACAUCUAGAGGUCGAACAGCCAAAAGCCAGUCCAGAGAAGCCAGAUCAAACUAUAUCAUGACGUUAUAGAGAAACUUGACAACGUCAUCACAAUGACUGCGAUAACACAAAGCAAUAGUGACGUCAGAGUGCUCUUGGCGCCACGAAGAGACUCGGACAAUUAGUCCACACGGCUGUUAGUAAAUGCUAAUGAUAACAUGUAAUAUAUUAAUAAUACACAAACCUUAGUUUUACUCUUUUAAAACUAUGACGUCGCUACUAGGGUAGACGCCAUGUGAAACGGGAUGACGUCAUAUACCUAUGACAUGUUUCAGCUACAAAAAAUGUAAAUAUAAUUUAGUGUUGAUUUCACUUUAAUUAGUCAUUUUUCAAGGCCGAUGAAAACCCGAAUUGCAUUCAGAAUAUCGAUAGAAAUAUUAACAUCCCUAUUUGUUUCAGAUGUUCUCAUGUGUAUAUUGUAAAUAAAGUAAAUUCGGUAACAAUAUAAAUCAUUAGAACUAAA